UGUCGCGCCUGACAUGGGCAGACGUAUACGUGUCUGCGAUCAGGCCGACGAUGCUAAUAGUUUCCUGCCCUGCAGCUCACUAUGCUUUAUUGUGGACGCACACUUGCGCCUGCUCUCCCCAACUGAAAGUCGUUACGAGAGGACAGAAUUGGCAACACUCACCCCACCAGAUACUUCUUCAUGCUCUAGUUUCGGGGCUUUUUUUUUUCGCGCGCGGCACAGCACAUCUUUUACGCAAUAUCCCAUAGCUCUCUGCUGGUUUGCUCGCGCUCCUUGAUGGCCAUGCUGCGACGCCAUAUGGUAACCGACGGAAGAGGUGCUAGUUAUGUCAGAUCAUUUCAUGAGACCAGUCGAGCGCAUGCAACCUGCUUCUGAAGCACGAAAAACCGCGGAAGAUCCCGAUAACUCGGACAGGCCGUUAACAACGGUCAGUGAUGGCCUAUACCAACUUCCACCACCUCGACAGACAAGGACAUCACAGCUGGAAAUCGAAAUAACUGGGCAUCAACAAGAUGUAGGGGAGGGAGCGGACGCUGGAAGGCGACAGUUGCGUGGGGAGAAAUUACCUUCUGUCAGCCAACUGCUUACGUCUGCGUCUGAUUCUAGUUUUCCGGCAUGGCCAUAUGAUCCUAAUACUCAAGUAAGCAGUCGACUUGGAGCAGACACUAUAAAUGAGCCGUCAAUCGGUAGUCGCUAUGAUGUUUCAUCACAACCCUUUCCCGGUCAUAUUCCAGGGCUCAUUUCGAGGAUUGGCGCCAGUUCUCCAGCAUACCAUUUGGAUGGUUACGGGCAAGAAAGAAGGCAUGCAACGGGCAAAUUACCUCCGAUCGCUCAGAUGGGAACAGACCAAGGCUAUAUCAACCCUAUGGGUGAUUCGCAACAGUACGCCGCAAUGAGCGUCGAACCGCCGAACCCGACUCGUCCACUCUCGUCCCUUUCUCACAGAGCGUCUUACGGGAAGGAUAUACGGGAUCCGCAGUCUCUUCCGUCACAGGGGCAAAGCAAUAUGACUUCCAUAUCUGGCAGCUCUCGUCCGCGUCAGCAGCUACCUCACGUGGUAGAUGAGCGAUAUAUAGAGGGUGAAGGGCUUUGCUACAUCUAUGCGGACGGGUCGCAUUGUCCAAAAUCUAUCGACGGUGUUCCCGUCAAUGCGAACUGGGGUGUCACCAAGGCUGGGAAGCCCAGAAAACGAUUAGCACAAGCUUGCAUAUCUUGCAGGGAAAAGAAGAUCAAGUGCCAGCCAAACAUUCCUAAGUGUGAUCAAUGCCAGAAAUCUGGCAAGGAGUGUAGGUUUGAGAGCGCGCCACGAGGCCAUUCAGCGGCUGCAAAAGGUUCUCAUGAGUACCGAUCGAUAUCAUCGCGAGCGAAAGAAAGUAGCAGCAAUCAAUCUCCCCUUUCCGACUCUUCGAUAAUGUCAUCUGUGGGCGGCACCAUCCGAGGUGCACGGUCGGAUCCUUCGCUUUCCCAAAAGAGAGGAUCCUCAAAUUCCUCUAGCGGCACUACGGAUCAUCCUAGAUGGAAGACGAGUAGGGCAGCAUCUGGGGAUGGAGCUGAUCGUGUUGACAUACUGGCGGACAUCACAGACGUCGAUCCGGAUGACCCGAUGGUUCGUGAAUGGGCCACCGAUCCCUACGAAGCCAACCCGGAAGCAAUGAGCCAUUAUAUCGAAAAAUACUUUACCUACGUGAACGAUGGAUUCUAUUAUAUAUUUCCGAAAAGGAAUUUCUUAGAGUGGCUGAGAUCCUGCCGUACGAAAUCUCCCGAUGACAAAAUGCUUAUAUACUCGAUGAUGGCUAUGGGUUCAGUGUUCUCUGACCGUCCGGACAACAUUCUCGCCGGGAAACGCUAUUCAAAAACGGCCAGCUAUGCAGUGGAAAAGAGCCAACACGCAUUGACGUUACAGCUCGCCCAGAGCAGGAUAAUACUUAGUCUGUGGUACUAUUCUAUCGGUGCUCUGGUGAAGGCUUGGGACCUGAUAGGCGCGGCCGUCAGGACUGUCUGUGGGCUAGAUUAUAAUAUCGAAGCAGAAGGAUUAACUCGGGAUACAAGCCAAACCUGUGAAUAUGGUUUACAGCCUCAGUCUCUGAUCGAAUGCCGGAGACGGACAUUUUGGGUUGCAUUUAUCCUGGAUAGACUUCCCGGAUUUUAUUCAUUCCGUCCUGUUUCUGUGCAACCGCAAGACUCUUUCUUGAGACUCCCGUGUCCCGAAGAUGUCUACGAAGCAGAGCAGUACACGAUCACGCCUUACUUCCAAAACACGAUCGAUCGCCCCCAGACACUAAAGUUGGAUGAGCAGCCUUCCCUCAGUGCAAUGUCCAGUCUGAUAGAAUUGGCGUUUCAAUGGGGAGAAGUCACGAAUCAUGUGAUCCGUUCUCCUCAUAUACCUCAGAAGACGUACACGACACGGCUUGAAGAAUUCAAUGCGAAUGUCACGAGACGACUGGAAGAAAGUAAUAUGAACCUUCCCGAAACUUUCAUAUACAGUAUGGCCAAUAUAGAACGGAGCAUUCGCACAGGCAGCUCCGAUAUGUUCGUUUCUGUUCACAUGCUAUACCAUGCUGUGCUUAUGAGGUUGCACCGGCAUGUACGACUCGAAUAUCUUUCAGGGGAGGCAGCUCGUAUCAAUAUUGGUAGAGCUAGACAUCAUGCCGCUGAGAUACUGCGUAUAUCCCUGGCUGUGACGCAGCUGAAUUCUGGAUACGAUCCGUCAACGUCUACGCGGCGAGUGAUAUUCUCGUACCCUCUCAUCAGCUACUUGAUAUUGUGUGCUACCGAUGUGCUCAGCGCUGCUGGUCUUACGAUAGAUCUAAGUGAAUGCAUCUCUCUUAUACAUAGCGGUUUGGACGUGAUCGACGAUCUCUGUCGCUUUUGGGAAAGCGCCCGCAUACACUCGCGGCUCAUUGAGAAACGUCUUGAAGCAAUAAUCUCCGCAGCCAGGAACGAAACGAAAUUGGACGACAAAGUGGGAUUUGUCGUGAAUGGCCCUCCAUUAUACAGUCGUGCGGGCCUUCAUGGGCCAAAGAUGGAGCCUGGGACGGCAACAGAUCUCGACAUUAUCUACGGGUUUCCCAGAGACCAAUAUCUUCGAGUGUUAGCAUUGGAUGCCUCGAUUUCCAAAGAGGAUGUUCUUUGGAUCAGAGAAGAUCCAUAGGUCCUUAUUGAACAAGAAUACCCCUUUAUCUUUCUCUAAAAGACGACUUACUUCCGUUCUGUUACUUCCUUCACUUUAUCUAUAUGACUUUAUCCCUGAGAUUUGAGCCCGACUAUAUGCACAAUUUAGACAGCCCAUCUGGAUGGGGAUAUAAUGUGCAUUUGGUUGCUGUAUUGACUUUACGAGCGUGAUAGCUUCCAAGCCCUAU